AUGGCGCCCGAGUCGAAGAAAGAGAAGGUGCCGAAGAAGCGACUCAGACGACGAAGAUGGAGGGCAGACAUUGCGACGCCGCAGCUGAAGGUAAACGAGGAGUAUGCGAAGCGGUUUGAGCACAACAAGAAGCGCGAGGAGCUACACAGACAUGCAGUGGAGGAAAAGUUCAAAAAAACCGGCAAAGGCAAGGAUGACGACUCCGACGCCGACUCGUCGUCGUCCGACGAGACCGAGGACGAAGAGGGAUUCCUCGCGACGGAGGACCUAGACGCCCAGAUCUCCGCCACCCUCAGCGCGAUCAAGAACAAAGACCCCAGAGUGCUCGACAAGAACUUUUCCUUCUUCCAGGAAACCUCCAACGCCGCCGCCGCCGCCGAGCCGACGCCCUCGAAGAAGAAGGAGAAGCCGUUGUUCCUCAAGGACUACCACCGCGAAAAGAUUCUCGCCGGAGGCGUAGGCGCUUCCGACGACGAGGACGAGGACGGCCCGCCGCCGCCGCAGACGUACAACCAGGAGCAGGACGCCCUCAAGAAGUCCAUCAUCUCGCAGAUCAACAAGGCCGCGGAGUCGGACAACGAGGACGACUUUGUGCAGCGGAAACCGGGACAGGAGACCGUCAAGCCGGAGGACCUCGACGACGAGGGCAUCCACCCGGCGCGCGCGGCCAACUCGGACGACGGCGAGGGCGACGAGGGCGAGCUGUACGACAAGUUCGAGGAGGCCUACAACCUGCGUUUCGAGGACCCGGACAAGGCCAACCAGGCGCUCAAGACGUACUCGCGUGAGAUUGUCAGCGCGCGGUCCGUCCGUAAGGAGGCCGCCAGCUCGCGCAAGAAGCAGCGCGAGGCCGAGCGCGAGCGCAAGGAGGCCGAGAAGCAGGAGCGCAAGGAAGAGAAGGCGCGCCUGCGCAAGCUCAAGCUCGAGGAGGCCGAGGAGAAGCUCAAGAAGAUCAAGCACGCCGCGGGCCUCAGCGGCAAGGAGCUCAAGGACGAGGAGUGGCUGCGCUUCCUCAACGACGCGUGGGACGACGACAAGUGGGAGGACGAGAUGAAGCGCCGGUUCGGCGAGGACUACUACGCCGUGGCCGAGGGCGGCGGCUCUGACUCGGACGAGGACGCGGACGCGGACGCGGAGGACGGCGACGGCCAGAAGAAGCGGAAGAAGAAGCCCAAGAAGCCCACGUGGGACGACGACAUUGACAUCAAGGACAUCAUCCCCGACUUCAAGGACGACACGGAACACCCCCAGAUCACCCUCACAGACGACGAGGCAGCGGCAGCCAACGCCGCCGCGGAAGAAGAAGAAGACGACGACGACGAAGACGAAGAUGGCCGCCCGUCCAAGAAGCGCAAGACGACAAAGGACCUCAAAAAGGAACGGCUCGAGGCCAAGAAGGCCGCCAAGGCCGAGCGCGCCAAGCUCGAGGCCCUCGUCGACGCAAAGAUGGACCUCGAUGUCGCCGUGCCCUCGUCGUCCAAGGACAACGCGGAGCUGCCGGCCUUCCGGUACCGCGAGACGUCACCCCAGGCCUUUGGCAUGACGGCGCGCGACAUCCUGCUGGCGCCCUCGGACGCGGCGCUCAACAGCUUCGCCGGCCUCAAGAAGCUCGCGACCUUCCGCGACGAGGAGAAGAAGCGCAAGGACAAGAAGCGGCUCGGCAAGAAGGCGCGCCUCCGGCAGUGGCGCAGGGAGCACUUUGGCCAGGAGUACGAGCGCACCGGCCCGACGUUUGGCCUCGACGAGGUCGAGAUCAAGGAGAAGAAGAGCAAGAAGAGGGGGAAGCGCGCGGCCGGUGGCGGCGGCGGCGGCGGCGACGAGCGGGCAGAGGAGAACGCCGAGGACGGCGGCGCCGCGCUGGACGGCUCGAGCAAGAAGCGCAAGAGGUCGAGGGGAAGAAGACGGCCGAGGGCGCCGCGGAGGAGUGAAGCGGUAAUAGCGCUUUGCCGUCGCUGA